AACAAAAUCUUUUUAAAUCUGAAUCCAAUAGGUAGUAAAAAAAACCUUCCUUUUGGGCAAUUUCUUUCUUUUCAAUAACACAAACAAAAACCAAUUUCGGUAUCCAAUCUUUCUCUCAAUCGCCGUUGCCACCACGCUCUUUCCGCCCAGCAAUUUACAUCGUUGAUUACAUUGUUGUAUCUCUCUCACCAUCCAAAAUUCCUUAACGCCGCAAUUCUUAUCCUCUUACUCACCUAAACCCUAAACCCUAAAAUUCCAGUUUCAAUCAGAAUCGGAGAAGAAGAUGAACGCACCGCUCGAUCUCUUUCUAAACAUCGGUUUAGAUGAACGCACCGCUCGUAACACCAUCGCCAAUAACAAAGUCACCAAUAAUCUCACUGCCGUUAUCCACGAGGCUGGUGUUGCCGAUGGUUGCAGCAGAACUGUUGGAAACCUAAUUUAUACGGUUGCAACUAAGUAUUCUGGAAAUGCGUUGCUGCAUCGCCCUACAUUGCUCGAAUACAUUGUUUCGUCCAAGGUGAAAACAACGGCGCAAUUAGAUGCAGCGCUCUCAUUUCUUGCUACCACGGGUUCGGAGAACCUUGAUUUGAAUAAAUUUGAAGCAGCAUGUGGUGUUGGUGUUGAGGUUUCAACAGAAGAUAUCAAUCGUGCUGUUAACGAAGUUUUUGAGGAGAAUAAAGCUUCAAUUCUGGAACUACGCUAUCGAACAAAUGUUGGGGAGUUACUUGGGCAUGUGCGAAAGAGGCUCCCGUGGGCUGAUGCAAAAGCUGUCAAGCAACUCGCCGAUACAAAAUUAUAUGAGCUACUGGGUGAUAAAACAGCAGCAGACAAUGAAAAGCCUUCUAAAAAGAAGAAAGAGAAACCUGCUAAAGAUAAGGCGGCACCUAUUGCUACUCCUGAAAAGCCACCCGAAGAAGAUCUCAAUCCAUUUUUGAUAUUCCCUAACCCAGAGGAUAAUUUGAAGGUGCAUACUGAAGUUCCUUUUAGUAAUGGUACUAUCCUGAGAUGUUGCAAUACAAAGGCGCUUCUUGACAAGCACUUGAAAGCAACUGGCGGGAAAGUUUUGACCCGGUUUCCUCCUGAGCCAAAUGGAUAUUUGCAUAUUGGUCAUGCCAAGGCAAUGUUUAUUGAUUUUGGGUUGGCAAAAGACAGAGAUGGAGGCUGCUACCUGAGGUAUGAUGAUACAAAUCCUGACACAGAAAAGAAAGAGUAUAUUGAUCACAUUGAAGAAAUUGUCCAGUGGAUGGGCUGGAAACCAUUCAAGAUUACUUACACAAGUGAUUAUUUCCAAGAACUGUAUGAAUUAGCUGUGGAGCUCAUAACUAGGGGUUGUGCAUAUGUUGAUCAUCAGACACCUGAUGAGAUAAAGGAGUAUAGGGAGAAGAAAUUGAACAGUCCUUGGAGAGACAGACCAAUUUCAGAAUCAUUGAAACUUUUUGAGGAUAUGAGAUGUGGUCUUAUAGAAGAAGGAAAAGCGACACUUCGAAUGAAGCAAGACAUGCAGAGUGAUAAUUUCAAUAUGUAUGACCUUAUUGCAUAUCGAAUUAAGUUUACUCCACAUCCUCAUGCUGGAGACAAAUGGUGCAUCUAUCCAAGUUAUGAUUAUGCUCACUGCAUUGUGGAUUCACUUGAGAAUGUCACACAUUCACUGUGUACUCUUGAGUUUGAGACACGCCGUGCUUCAUACUAUUGGUUGUUACAUGCAUUAGGUAUUUACCAACCUUAUGUAUGGGAGUAUUCAAGGUUGAAUGUCUCUAACACAGUAAUGUCGAAGCGCAAGCUUAAUCGUCUGGUGACUGAAAAGUGGGUUGAUGGGUGGGAUGAUCCUCGGCUGAUGACAUUAGCUGGUUUGCGGCGUAGAGGCAUGACUUCAACAGCAAUCAAUUCCUUUGUUCGAGGAAUUGGAAUCACUAGAAGUGAUGGCACUUUGAUAUCUGUUAGUCGCCUUGAAUAUCAUGUUAGGGAAGAAUUGAACAAAACAGCUCCUCGGACAAUGGUUGUCCUGCACCCACUCAAGGUUGUUAUAACUAAUCUUGAAGCCAACUCAACAAUUGAGGUUGACGGGAAAAAAUGGCCUGAUGCUCAAGCUGAUGAUCCAUCUGCUUUCUACAAGAUUCCGUUUUCCAAUGUUGUAUAUAUUGAACGUACGGAUUUCCGUAUGCAAGAUUCAAAAGAUUAUUAUGGCCUUGCCCCUGGUAAAUCAGCGAUACUCAGAUAUGCAUUUCCUAUAAAGUGCACUGAAGUUAUUCUAGCUGAUGAUAAUGAGACUAUUCUUGAAAUUCGGGCCGAGUAUGAUCCUUCAAAGAAGACAAAGCCCAAGGGUGUUCUCCACUGGGUUGCACAACCUUCUCAUGAAGUUGAUCCAUUGAAGGUCGAAGUCAGGCUGUUUGAGAGGCUGUUCCUAUCAGAGAAUCCUGCUGAACUUGGUGACAAUUGGCUUGACGAUCUGAACCCUCAUUCCAAAGAGCUAAUUCCAAAUGCAUUUGGUUUGUCCUCACUCCGGGAUGCAAAGGUUGGAGACAGUUUCCAGUUUGAGAGAUUAGGCUAUUUUGUGGUCGACAAGGACUCUACUCCAGAAAAACUUGUUUUUAAUAGAACAGUCACAUUGAAGGACAACUAUGGUAAGGGUGGAAAAUAGGAUUCAUGGAGGUUCAAGAUUAAAUCAUGCUGGCACAGAUCUGCUGGUAAAUAUUACCUCAUGUUGGUAAAAAUAUAUAGCAUGGUUUUUUUGGGGUGGUCAGCAUGUACACAUUUACUGACCAUAGUCAUGUACUGUACAUCUUUUUACGGGACCAGUCAAAAGUUUCCCAGUUAUUUAAAUUAACCUCAUGCGUGGUUUUGUAGUUUGAAGAGUUAGUUAUUUUAUUUAAACCCGGGGAAGUAAUACCAGCCUCUUUUAUUCUCAUGCCAUUUUUGUGGUGUAAAUAUUGCACCUUUUACCUAUUUUCCCCUUUGAUCCAAUUAUUUUUCACAUUUAAUUGAAAAUCAUACCAGUUUUUUGUUCUA